GUUUCUCAUACAUGCGGAUGAAGUAUCUCUUCAUUUCUUGGUUAGUAGUAUUUAUUGGCAGCUGGGUUAUGUAUGUUCAGUACUCCACCUACACAGAACUAUGCAGAGGACAUGACUGUAGGAAAAUAAUAUGUGAUAAAUACAAGACUGGAGUUAUUGAUGGGUCAGCAUGUAGCAGUCUUUGUGCUAAAGAAACAUUGUAUUUUGGAAAAUGUUUGUCAACAAAGCCCAAUAACCAGAUGUAUUUAGGAAUCUGGGGAAAUCUGCAAGGUGUUAUAAAAUGCCAGAUGGAAGAAGCUGCUCAACUUGAUUUUGGUACUGACCCAGAACCAAGGAAGGAAAUAGUCCUCUUUGAUAAACCAACAAGAGGAACCACUGUUGAAAAAUUCAAAGAAAUGGUAUAUGGGCUUUUUAAAGCAAAAUUGGGUGAACAAGGAAAUCUUUCAGAACUGGUUAAUCUCAUCCUAUCUUUUGCUGAUGGAAACAAAGAUGGUAGAGUUUCUUUGCCAGAGGCGAAAUCUGCAUGGGCACUUCUGCAGCUAGAUGAGUUUCUGUUAAUGGUGAUCUUGCAGGAUAAAGAACAUACUCCCAAGCUAAUGGGUUUUUGUGGGGAUCUCUAUGUGACUGAAAGAGUUGAAUAUACCUCUCUCUAUGGAAUCAGCCUUCCAUGGAUUAUAGAACUUUUCAUUCCCGCUGGCUUCAGAAGAAGCAUGGACCAGUGGUUUACUCCAUCGUGGCCAAGAAAGGCAAAAAUAGCUAUAGGGCUUUUAGAAUUUGUGGAAGAUAUUUUCCAUGGACCUUAUGGAAACUUUCUUAUGUGUGAUACAAGUGCCAAAAACUUGGGAUAUAAUGAUAAAUAUGAUUUGAAAAUGAUGGACAUGAGAAAAGUUGUGCCAGAAAUGAAUUUGAAAGAAAUAAUUAAAGAUCGUCAGUGUGAAUCGGAUUUGGACUGUAUUUAUGGUACAGACUGUAGAACUCUAUGUGACCAAAGCAAAAUGAGAUGUACCACAGAAGUAAUUCAGCCAAACUUGGCAAAAGCCUGUCAGCUACUUAAAGACUAUCUGCUUCGUGGUGCUCCUUCUGAUAUCCAUGAAGAACUAGAAAAACAACUGUACUUGUGUAUUGCCCUUAAAGUCACAGCAAGUCAGAUGGAAAUGGAGCAUUCUUUAAUACUCAAUAACUUAAAAACUUUACUGUGGAAAAAAAUUUCCCAUACAAAUGAUUCUUAGCUUCUCCACCAGCAGAAGAUAAUAUUGAUGCCUGCCACGGGACGUGGCCUACCACAUUUGAUAAAAAUGAUCUGCAGCAUUUUUUAAAGAUGUUUCUUUACUCAGAUUUCAUUAAUGGCUCUUUAACUUUUGCCC